CUUUAGAGUUUACAUACAAUAGAAGGGUGAGAAAAAAAACCCGCCUUGUUAAUGAGAGGUGGGGUCAGACUUGUUCAAGCUGACAGGACACAUUAACGCGCUCUUAUUUUUUUUCUAAGAAAGAAGUGUUUUCUUGCGCUUUGUGCACGAUUGUGAACGGCAUUUUUGCUUUGCGUCACUGAUUUUAUUUACUGUGUUACCUGGUAACGGCGCGUUCACUUACACGUUCCCUUUGAAACGUAUAUAAGUACAGUACCCGCUACACAUGGGUUCCGUCGCGUAUUGUCUCGAUUUUAAACGGGUUGGUAAAUCAAUGAGUAAAAGGGUAAUUUGUUAAUAGAUUUUCAUUCUACCCAUGCAUGCGUUGGAAAGAAAUCGUGGCUGUUUUUUGAGAGGAAAAAAAGCACCUUUUAUUUUGUGAAACAUCAGUGAAUCUGUUUUUAAAGAUGCCUCAAACUUUGUUUAACAAAUAUCAACAGGCGGUUUUGUAAAUAAGACUGCAAAACUGUUAUUUAUUUUAUUAUUAUUAUUAUUAUUUUUUUAACCUAUGGCUUAUCAUGACCGAAAUAAGAAGAUUCUACUGGAUUUGGUGAAACAGCCCGAUAACAACCGUUGCGCCGACUGUGGAUCUCCGGACCCAGACUGGGCCUCUUGCACGCUGGGCGUCUUCGUGUGCCUCACCUGCUCUGGAACACACCGGAACCUGACCAACGGCAGCCGCAUUAAAUCCAUACGCCUGGACCUGUGGGACGACGAGCUGGUGCAGUUCAUGAGGGCCAAUGGGAACGCCUCUGCGAGGGAGCUAUACGAAAUGGCCGUCCCGCCAUUCUACUACCGCCCGCGGGAGCAGGACUGUGUGGUCCUGCGGGAGCAGUGGAUCAGGGCCAAGUACGAGAGGCAGGAGUUCAGCAGUCAGGGCGUGCACCUGCAGCAGGUCUACAGUUCGGGCCUGUAUGCGGGGUCUCUGUGGAAGAAAGGCAGAGAUAAUGGACAGUUCCUGAAGAGGAGAUUCGUCCUGUCUGACCGGGAUUUCACCCUCAGAUACUUCACCUCUGACCUUCCAUCCAAAGGGCCCAAAGCCGUCAUCGCCGUGAAGACGCUAAACGCCUCCUUCCAGCCAGAGAAGAUCGGCCACCCACAUGGCCUCCAGCUGACCUACCUGUGUGAAGACCACACCCGGAACCUGUUCCUGUACCACACUGAUGGCCAGGAGAUCGUCAACUGGUUCAACGCCAUCCGAGCAGCCCGAUUGGCCUACCUGCAGACGGCCUUCCCCACAGCCACUGACAGUGAACUGCAGCCCUGGAUAACCCGAAAUUACCUCAAAGAAGGGUACAUGGAGAAAACCGGCCCACUGCAGCGGGAGCCCUUCAAAAAGAGGUGGUUUGUGCUCGAUGCUCAGGACAGGAAGCUGCUCUAUUUUAAAACCCAGUUGGACGCGGUGGAGCUGGGCGUGGCCUUCCUCGGCACAGCGGCCCGGGGCUACUCUGUGCGGGAGAGCGAGCCCAAAGGCGCCCGCGGCAACAAGUGGAAGUUUGGCGUCACCGUGGAGACGCCGUGGCGCCAGUUCGUCUUCAUGUGCGAGCUGGAGAGCGAGCAGAGGGAGUGGGUGGCGGCCUUCAGCCGGGUCAUCUCCCAACCAAUGACCCCCCAGGACUAUGCCACUGAGGUGAACUUGAUGAGGUGAAGAGCCCAGAGACUCCAGACAUAGAAGAGCAUGAAAUGCACACAGCUAUCAGAAUGACUAUGGACAGGGUGACAACCUCAAAGUCUGGAGACAACCACGGGAGCAAGAUGAACAGGUUCCAUGGUUUCGGCCUGCACCUUGGUGUGAACAGAAGAUUGUGGGUCCAGAGUUCAUACCAAGCACCUACUGAUCACUGAUAAUGGACAACAUUACUUUCUUUCCCGUGCCAAGGGAUUUCUACUGUCCUCUGGACACCUGCCGACAUAAUAAAAAGUAUUUAAGAGAUCUGUCGAUACCAUCACAAGACAUUGCUGUGACACUAUAUGCUAGACUGCUCAGAGAAGCUCCGCUUAAAGAAGGAACUGGUCUCCAAAAGCACAGCGAUUUUAGCAAUGCGUGAAUAAUGUACGCUGGAAAACAUUGCGACACCUUCCUUCUUCUAAAGUACCGCAUGCAGAAGUAUGUUGACACCAAUAAAGUAGACGCCUUCAUCUUUCAAAAGCAAAUGAAGACUGGAUUGUUCUGCCAAAUGCAAAGCUCUGUGAAAUUCCAUGGCAAAAAAACCCUCGCUAUCAGCAAUUGUACGUUUUACUUCCGAAGACAAAUUUCUACUUUCAUUGUUGACUUUGUAAUUAAAUGAUUGCUUAAUACCUUUACGUUCCAUGAAGGAACUGAAAUCGAUUUUAUUUAUUUUUUUGUCAACAAAAUGAGCACCCCUUUUGGGAAACAUUACUGCUAACAGGACACAUUACCAUAUGAUGCAUGGAGCAUAACUCUGAACUCUACAGCCGAGGAGAAUCCCAACAGCGCCUUACUACUAAGCCAGGUUCAUUAUAGCCAGGCGCAACGAUUCCCACCGCCCACUAUAUCUUACGUAAGAUGGACGUUGAAUUUGGUAUCCACGGUGAUGUCGAUUAAUAAACUGAUACCAGUGCACAAUGAUGCAACUGCCAAA